UGCGCAGGCAAUGGGCACAUCGAAUCAGUAUGUCGGCUGUGCAUCAACCUGAUUUGUCUGGCGCUUCCUUUAGCCUUAUCCAGGAUAUGGAAGUCGACUACGAAAGUUUGCCGACAGAGAACGUGGCGGUACAUAUGGUGGCUGGCGCUGCUGCUGGUAUAAUGGAACACUGCGUGAUGUAUCCGGUCGAUAUUGUGAAGACACGCAUGCAAAGCCUCAGGCCCAAGGCGAUGUACACUGGUGGUAUUUUCAGUGCUAUCCGGUCAAUGGUUCAAUCAGAAGGCUUGCUAAUUCCUUUUCGUGGAAUGAAUGUGGUGGCUGCUGGAGCUGGUCCAGCACAUGCUUUAUAUUUUUCAAGCUAUGAAUUUAGCAAACGAAUGUUGAGCAAUCAGAAGGCUGAAUAUCAUCAUGUUGCUCAUGGAAUUGCUGGCCUCAUAGCAACGCUUAUCCAUGAUGGUUUUAUGACACCCAUUGACGUUAUCAAGCAACGGUUGCAAGUGUAUGGAAGUCCGUACAAAGGUGCCAUUGAUUGCGCAGUGCACAUUCUUCGUACUGAGGGCAUCAUUGCCUUUUACCGAAGCUACACCACUCAACUGACCAUGAAUAUUCCUUUCCAGUGCACCAACUUUAUUGUAUAUGAAGCUUGUCGACACAAACUUAACCCGAGGGGUCACUAUGAGCCUCGAACUCACAUGAUUGCCGGUGCUGCAGCUGGUAUUACAGCGUCUGCAGUGACAACACCACUAGAUGUAGCCAAGACAUUGCUCAAUACACAAGAAACAACGGUUCGUCCAGAGAGACACUAUAUCCGGGGAAUGCUUAAUGCAUUGAAGGUUAUCUACAUCGAGAGUGGUGUUCUCGGUUUUUGUAAAGGGAUGUGGCCCAGGAUUGUUUACCAGAUGCCUGCAACUGCUAUUUGUUGGUCGGUUUAUGAGCUUUUCAAACAUCUUCUCAGGUUGGACACGGAAUACAAGCAGACAUAUCGUGCAUAACAGUGUGAGACGUAGUGUUUAUGAGCAAAUUAUAAAUUAUAUUGUUGAUGGCGUGAUCAGUGGCAGCAGCACUAUUACGCUACUUGUUGGUACUGUUUGCCUUUGUUCUCGUUGGUCAGUAUUGUGAGUAGUUACCAUAUUUGGUGAUAAGAAAUGAACUAUGUUUUCUGCCUUAAUGGUUUUCGUUCUUGUCCGUUCUUUAGGUAGUCCUUCCCACGUCAAGAAUGAAAUAUCUUUUUCUUCUUGAAGUGGGAGGGGACUACUUGUCAGUAAGUGUCGUGUGGGAUGGGGGCGACGAUUGGGAAGUGGGUAGGUACAAAUGUUAUUUUUGUCAGACAAGAGGCAGAGUAGAAAGAUGUUAGCAUGAAACCUGUAGCCACAGGAUGUGUAGGAUUCUUGUUCAAGUUCUGUCACUUUGCUGUGAUCCAACAAAACUGAGGAGAAUACAUAUCUCUACAGUGUGCACAUGAGGGACUUGAAUGUUAGUGUAACUUGAAAAAUGUCUUGCCUCGCAAAGGUCAAUAAAAUGUUAGAUAUUUUGCUGUGCCAUAGAGGACCGGGUCUCAGAGAUUCGACGGUGCUGUGAAAUGCAGGUGUUACAAAAUUGGAAAUUGGGAGGACAUUGUCCUUCGGACGUGGCCUGGAAAAGGAUUAUGGUUGUGUAGUUUCUUGUGUUAGGUUAUGGAAGUCAGAUGUGGGACUUGGAAAGAGCUUCAAUUGUUAGAACGGUAAAUAACUCAUUCAGAAAUGGAAUGCGAUGUGGCGUAGGGAUGAAAGACAGAGAAUCAGUAACGAAUAGAAUGGAAAGUUGGUUGCGGAGCUAGGAGAACAUGAAGAACAUCAAGUACAGUUUAAGAUGAGAGCAUUGCAUUCUGUAUUAGAGAUAGUAAAGUUAUAACAUGGAUAGUGAACAGAGAACAUAGGAGUAGAGAAAAUAGUAAUCUUUUUCAGAUCUGAUCUUGAUUUGAUCUACUUGAAAUCACCAGCUUCAAUGUAGAUAAAUAAAUUUCAUCACUCUA